AUGGCCUUUGACUACGCAUCAAAAGAUUCUUGCGAUGCAACGGAGACUCAGCCCUUGUUAGUAAAGUCACUGGACGUCUCCGCUGUCACAAUUUCAGAGCAUCGUGAUUCACUUCUCGCCAUCGAUGAUGAUAUGGCUAGCACCGGCGUUGGCAAAAGUGAUCUCAAACACCACGCUGGUGUAGGAGGUCUUGCAUCAGGGCAAGAGUCGCUGAGUUUUGCCCCCGAACUUGCGUUGACGGAACAGACUAUCAAGUACGCCGAGACGCCGUGUAAGUCGUAUACUGGCGACGUAGCUCAUGAGGGAAUCAUUGAGGUGUUGUAUCAGGCCCUGAUUUCAAACAGCAAGCACGCAUUUCCACCUGCCACCGAUCAUUUUACAACAGUAUUGGAUCGUCCAAUGUUUGAUAUCGAUAUUGAUAACGAUGUCCGAGAACUUCAGGAAGCUACAGCGGCAUUUUUGGCUGAUCAGUACGACGACGGUGAGUUUGUUGCCACGCCAGGCGACAUCGUUGACCUCGAAGUCGCUACUACGGCGUUCCUAGCUGGCCGCUACGACGGUGAAUUGUUUCGUAUGGAGGGUCCUGGUUCUGGUUGCGGUCUCCUCCUUCCAGACAAGCAAUCUCUUAUUCCAACUUCGAAGGCUGUGGAUAUUGCUCGAGCUACGUUCAACUCCACCAAAGACAAUGUCGAGAUGAUCGACGAGUAUCUAGGCGCUCAACCAUCAUGCGGAAACGAGCCGAACACUCCACUGUUGGACGCAGCCUCCAUGGUGGACGUGUCACAAAAUGACAGCACAUCGUUCUACGACCGCAUGAGCCUAGAAUUGCGGCCUGAUACCCCUCAGCUUGAUGAGUGUUCCAAUCCGCCUUUGACAUGCGAAUUUCCUUCCGCUACGCGGAGCUAUCCACCAGAUCUUUCGGGUCAUCUUUAUCAGCACCCGGACUUCUGCGACGAUGACGAUGGCGAUGAAGACGACGAUGGCGAGUUCUCAGACAUCAUGACAGACUUUUCAGAUAUGGCAUUUGAUGCACCAGACGCUCUAUCGCUCUCGCAAGCAUCAUAUGCCGCAUCUUUCUUCGAUAUUGAGACCGAGACCCUCGUCGCCUAUACGUCUUUGGAUAUGCUCUUGACGAUUGACGACGAGGAAGAGCUUAUUCCUUGUGGGCAUCGAGUGCUCGAUGACGAGGACGAGAUUGAUGCGGACGGCGAAUGUGGAAUCAUGGAGAUUGGCGAAGGGAUCGAUGAUGGUCAUGUUAGGAUCAUCGUCCAUCUUGACGAAUCUUGGUUUGACUGCGACGUGCCAAUAAAUUCACCUGCCACACGGUCUGGUCAGCAUCGCCUGCUGGAAGCUGUCGCAGAACUCCCAACAAUCUUUGAAGAGGAUGAGCCGAGCUCAGUUACACCAGACUCUUCGGCGGUCUUUUUAAACCACCCGGGCCCACAGGGCUCACCAUUACUGCGACGAACUGACCUUCUCGAAAACGGCGAUAAAGGUUAUGCUCUUUUGUUUUCCAAAUCGAUCCCUGCAGUGGUUGCCAUCCCCAAUCUCGCUCAACAUCUACGCCACCCUGAUGUCGAGGCAAAGGCUGUAGUCGACAGCGAACAGGAUCAUGGGCUGCCGCAGCCCGUUUCGUUGUGCAGCACCGUCUUAAAAGACAAGAAUGAAUUCCAGAGCUCUGAGCUUUUUGCUGACGACAUCUGGACCAACGGACCGGACCUCCAGCUUGCAUUCUCAGACGAACAGACAGCCCGCUGUGAAUUUGUCGAUGGAGCUGCAGUCGACCUUUCUCAGUUCCCUGCCGCCGUGUUCGAAGCUGUCCAGGCUCGAUCCUCGGACAACGUGUCAACAUCUGGGGCUGACCUCAAGCAGAAGUUGCGUUCAUUCAGUCACGACUUUCGGGAUCUCGAUUGGACUGAGCGCUUGGACAAGAUCGUCGACCUUGCGAUGAGCCACACGGCGGCACGCAGCCGGCUUGGUUCGAUGCUACUGUGGAAUCGCCUGCACAUCGUACGACAAGAUCCAUCUACAAUUCAUCAGGAUUUGACGCUGUGA